AUGCAUGUCCCUUGCCAGGACAACGAACAACCUAUGAAUUGUGAAGAACCUGUUGGUGCUCGUUGUGCCACUGUCAAGUUAGAACCAACCUGGACUUCAACUUUCUUGAGGGAACAACAGGAAGCUGACUUUGAUCUCAAGGUUAUUAUUGGCUGGAAGGAAGCCGGCAAAGAAAAACCAUUGUGGGAAGAUGUGUCGCCUCAGAGUUGUGCUGUGAAGACCUUGUGGUCACAGUGGGACCGGCUGCUCUCCAAAAACCGUGUAUUUUGCCGCAAAUGGGAAAGUGACGGAGGUGAUCAGAUUAUUGAUCAGGUCGUUCUUCCCGAGGGUCUUCGACAGGCUGCCCUUGAAGCUCAUCAUAGUCAUACGACUGCAAGUCAUCGUGGUAUACGGAAGACCCUAGGCGCCCUUCAAUCUCGUUAUUACUGGCCAGGACUUACUUCAGCAGUUCACAGAUUGUCGCCAGGUGCCAUGUCUGUGGGUCUUAGAAAACCUGGGGACGCAAACGUUGUGCUCUGUUAAAGCAGUACGUGGUGGGAGCUCCCAUGGAACGAAUCGCGAUUGACAUUCUUGGCCCACUGCCAGAAAUCCCGCGAAAGAACAAGUUUAUACUCGUGAUUAGUGACUAUUUCACUAAAUGGACUGAGAUGUAUCCAGUACCCAACCAGGAGGCCACCACUGUUGCAGAGAAGCUUGUGAGCGAGUUUAUUUGUCGCUUCGGUGUACCCCGUCAGCUUCAUAGCGACCAAGGAACUAACUUUGCGUCAACGGUGUUUGCUGAAGUCUGCAGGCUGUUAGACAUUGAGAAGACCCGCACCACUCCACUGCAUCCCCAGUCUGACGGACAGGUGGAGCGUUUUAACAGGACCCUCGUUGAAAUGUUACGUGGGAAGAUCCAGCAAGACCAGACAGACUGGAAUCUACGACUUCCAACUUGCAUGAUGGCCUAUCGAGGUGCUGUUCACGAGUCAACCGGGGUUUCGGGGUUUGAUGUUGGGUAGGGAACUGGAGGUUCCCCUAGAUGUCAUAACUGAGAGACCGCCUGAUGCAUCACCACUCAAGACGGACUAUGCACAAGCUGUUCAAAAGAGAUUGGUUAGUGUGCAUGAUUUCGCCAGGCGCCAUUUGAACUAGGCAGCUGUACGGCAGAAGCGGAACUACGACAAACGGCUUUCCGGUAGACCAUUUGUUAUUUGUGAUUCUGUUUGGCUACAUAACGUUCGGAAGAAGAAGGGGAGAAACGCCAAACUUGACUGUCCUUGGGAAGGACCCUAUCUUGUAAUAUCGGUGCUUAUCGGAUGUGGUGUACCGUAUUCAGAAGAGCCGAAAGGCCAAGCCUAAGGUCGUUCACUCAGACAGAUUAAAGCCUUACCUGGGACCCCCACUGGAGAGAUGGAUUCCGAAAAGGCAGACGCGGUUAUCGAGCGCAAGAGAAGAGGGGAGACAGACAUCGGUUGUGGAUUCAAAUUGCGUCGACGAUGGACAGUCAGCUCCGGUUAACUCGAGAGAGAGAGAGUUGAGCCCGACAAAACGGAAUCUACGAAAGCAGACAAGGAUGAUGUUUCCCCGAGACUCCAGAAUGCUGAUUUCCUUGAGGAUGAUAACGGUGACAAGCCUGAGGAUGUGAGGAAACCUGAGCCUCGUGCGAAAUGGACAACCUCCGUUGCACAUGACCUCAACCAGGCGGGUGUCGGCUGUCAAACAGCUGAGUCGACUGUACAAGGUUUACCUGGGAUUGAUUCAAGUGUUUGUGGGAGACCGUCAAGGCAGCGAAAGCCACCAAGUCGAUUCGGAACUUGGGUGACUGAUUAA